GGCCGAGCUAGGCUGGCGCCCGCGCUCCCCCCCCCCCACCGCACCACCGCCGUCACCCGCCGCGCGGCCCGCGGGGGGAGUGCCCUUCCCACUCCACCGGCUCCAGCGCCCGGGCCUCCGGCCGUGGAGCUGUCGUCCUUCUCCGCCCCGCCGUCCCGCCCCGUCCAGCCCGGGCCGCCCGGCUCCCGCAGGCCCCGUCGCCCGCGUUCCUAUGGACAGACGCACAGACACCUGCAGGAAAGACACUGCUGAUCCUGUAACAUGGAGGAUUGUCUUCAUACCUCAUCUGAGAAUCUGUCCAAAUUGGUCAGCUGGGCCCACAGCCAUGGGACCAUUUGCAGCCUCAUCCCAAACCUGAAACACUUGCUUUCUGAAGGUUCCCAUGGGAACCUGACUGCAAUGUGGGGCUGUAGCGCUGGCCAUGCUUACCACUGGCCACUAACAGCUACUUGCAGAGCUGGGUCCCAAGAGAGGGUUUGUUUCCAGGACAACCGAAGUUUUAAUUCUGAUAGUCCCAGUAUAAUUGGGGUGCCUUCUGAGACACAGACUAGCCCCGUGGAAAGAUACCCUGGGAGACCUGUGAAAGCAAAGCUGGACUGUAACCGUACCAGAGACUCUUGUGACUUCUCUUACUGCAGUGAGCCCUCUGAACUGGAUGAAGCUGUCGAGGAGUAUGAAGAUGAAAACACACUGUUUGACAUGGUUUGCGAGUCUUCUGUUACAGAUGAGGACAGUGACUUUGAACCCCAAACUCAGAGGCCUCAAAGCAUUGCUCGCAAAAGGCCAGGGAUAGUCCCAUCUUCCAUCCAUUCAGGUUCCCAGGGACAGAUGGUUGAUGAGUGCAGUAAUGAUGUCAUCAUCAAGAAAAUCAAGCAAGAGAUUCCAGAAGAUUAUUACAUUGUGGCAAAUGCAGAGCUGACUGGAGGAGUGGAUGGACCAGCCCUUUCAUUGACACAGAUGGCAAAGCCCAAGCUUCAGACUCAUGCUGGUCCCUCCUGUGUAGGGUCUGCUAAACUGAUUUCCCAUGUAACGUCUGCCAUCAAUGCGGAGCUAGACCCACACAUUAUGUCAGCAUCCCCCUCUGUGAUCUCCAGACCAAUCAUCCCAAAGACUGCUAGGGUAUCUCUGGCUUCACCAAACAGAGGACCCCCUGGUGCUCACGGCACCGCCCACCAGGUGACCAUGCAGAUGCCCGUGAGCACAUCACAUCCUAACAAACAGAUCAGUAUCCCUUUGUCUGCCCUUCAGCUGCCUGGACAGGAUGAGCAGGUUGUUUCGGAGGAGUUCCUACCCCAUUUGCCUAGCCAAGUCUCAUCUUGUGAGGUAGCCCUUUCUCCCUCGGUUAACACAGAGCCUGAAGUGAGCUCCAGUCAACAGCAGCCCCCUGUUGCUCCAACCAUAACCACUGAAGCCACUGCACAGUGCAUUCCAGACCAGGAUGAAAGAGCAGCUGAGCUCAGCAGGGAGCAGAAUGAGAAAACCAUCCGGAGCACGCAGACCGCGCUCCGCAAUUUCCCUUAUUCUACUAAACUGAACAAAUUUCCUGUAUUUAAUAUUAAUGAUGACUUGAAUGAUCUGUGUACCAGUGCAGUGAGCCCAAACACCACCAAAGCCACGAGGUACGCCCUAAAUGUGUGGCGCUACUGGUGCAUGACCAACGGGCUCAAAGACCACACGGACAUCACCAAGAUCCCUGCAGUGAAGUUGAAUGAGCUGCUUGAGAACUUUUAUGUCACUGUCAAGAAGAGUGAUGGCUCAGACUUCCUGGCUACCUCACUUCAUGCCAUUCGCCGUGGCCUGGACCGCAUCCUGAAGAAUGCAGGUGUGGGCUUUUCCAUCACCAGCAGCACCUUCAACUCUUCCACCAAGAAACUCAAGGAGAAGCUGUGGGUUCUGAGUAAGGCAGGGAUGUCGGGUGCCCGUUCUCGCAAUAUUGUCUACUUCUCCCUUUCUGAUGAGGAGGAGAUGUGGCAGGCAGGGUGUCUAGGGGAUGACAGCCCUAUUACUCUCCUGUCCACAGUGGUUAAGUACAACAGCCAGUAUCUGAAUAUGCGGACGCUGCAGGAACAUGCAGACCUGAUGUAUGGUGACAUCGAGUUGCUCAAAGACCCACAAAACCAGCCCUACUUUGCCCGGACAGACAGUGUCAAGCGAGAGAGCCGCAGUGGUUCUACUAGAGUGUGUCAUGGGAAAAUCUACCAUGAGCAUUCCAGGGGACACAAACAGUGCCCUUACUGCCUCCUCUACAAGUACAUGUACAUCCACCGGCCACCUACCCAAAUGGACGCCAAGUCUCCCUUCUACCUUACAGCCAGGAAGGAGGCCACGGACAUGGGCAGUGUGUGGUAUGAAGAGCAGAGGAUGGGGUUGCGGUCCCUCCGGGGAAUUGUCCCAAAUUUAGCCAGAAAGGUGAAACUGGACAACUGUGAGAACUUCACCUUCGUCUCAUUCACUCAGGUCUCCAGGCGACUUAGCUCCCAUAGCUGCUGCCAGUGAACCCAAGGCCAGGCCACUGUCCCUCUUGCUCACCCAGGAGACUUCCCUCAUGUGACCAUGGCCAGAGUCAUCAGCAAGCAGGUUCUGAGGCGACAGAGAAUGACAUCUUCACUCUGCGGUCCAACUGGCCUCCGCCAUUCCUCAGACUUGAAAUUCACUUUUACAUAAAAGUAGAUGACUGAAUAAUUUGGAUGUUUUAUCUAAAUCUGUGACAUCUUGUUAAAUCUUAGAAUCUAACACAAUAUAUAAUUAUUAUAUACAAGAGUGAAGAAAUUCAUUUUAUCUAUCUAGUGCCUUUUUAGCACAGGUUUUCUUGGGGAGAAAAAAAUUGUUUUAAGUAGUUACUUUAAAAAUAGCCCAGUAGCCCAGUAGCUUUAGAAUGGUAUAGAAUUAUAUACAUUUUGUUGGGUUUCUUUUACAUAGGGACCUAGAGCAAGAGAGGCAGACAUUAGAGAAAAAUUGCACUCAACACCCUUUACAUUUUGUUGGUGGGUGCUCUGCCAGGGUGGCGGGGCUGCUCACCUCAGAGAUAAAGGAAGCAUUUCCGCUGUGCUGAUUAGAUAGAGGCAGUUUGGUGAAACAGAGAUUAAUACUCUGAAAGGGUGUUUCUGAGACAUCAUGUGCAGUGGACUCAGUGUUCUGCCCCAUGAGGGUUUCCAGUAGUGACAGGGGGACUUGGAAAGCCACCUGUGACCCUAAUGUGAAAACCUGAAGCAGAAGUGCCUGCAUCUGUCUGAUUUGUCCACACUGUGAGAGCACUUGCUGUUUGGACUUUGUUUUGUUUUGUUUUAAUCUGUCUUUCACAUCAUGCAAUUGUCAUAUUGGCAAGAGUCCCUAGACAUGUAAGGCUAGCAGUAACGCUCGUGGUUAACUAGGAAAAUCAACAAAGUAAGCCACAAAGAAAACAAAUUCCCAAUUCAUUAAGGAUCCUGGAAAUCUUCUGUGGGUUGGUACUGGUGCUCCGGACACCAAUUUUAGGCAGCCUACCAGGUAAGCAAACCAGCACCAAGGACAUGGUGACUGAGUCAGAGGGUCACUGUAAGUUAGUUAUGCAUUGUCAAAUCAUUUCACAUUAAUAAAACUUAACCUGACCAUGUGUUAUUUAAACAGAACUUUCUAGUAACUACUCUGAAUACAAGUGUUUAAAAAGGAGCCCAAAGAGUGAAAAUUAGUAGUAGUAGUAGUGAUAGUAGUAGUUUCUACUCAACUUUCUAUUCAAGGAAAGACGGCUUCAUUUGUACCAUUAUGUUCUCGUGUGUGCUUUCUGAUCCCAAAUUAAAACCCCAGUGCAGGUUCACACUGCACGAGUCCUUAAAUUAGUCAUCUUUUCCAAAGCACUGUUUUAAUAUUUAUUUAAAGUUGCCAUUUUAAAGUCACUCAUUAAUCACUGAAGUAUGUGACACUUUACCAGAGAAGACUCAACCAAUGCUGCCUUAAGGACUCAUGUUAUUCCAUUUCUAGUGAGUACAUGGUUGUAGUUCUUUUCACUAGGCAACCUUCCCUGGGUGGUGAUGAGUUUUAGUAGCUCCCUGGAUGUGUAAAUAACACGAAACUAAUAAUCUGUGUUUGACUUGACCCUGUGAAUUGGUCUGUAGUGGCUUCCAAUCAUGAUUUUAGGGCUUUGGUUUAGAAGAGAUAGACAAGCCAGGUGUGGUGGCCCAUGCCUUUAAUCCCAACACUUGGGAGGCAGAGGCAGGCGGAUCUCUGUAAGGCCAGCCUUUUCUACGAAGCUGGUGCCAAGACUACACAGAGAAACCCUGUCUCGGGGCGGGUGGGGAAAGGAAGAAGAAGAGAUAGUCCCAAAAAGGUUAGGUCAGUCUGCUUUAGCUUGCUAAACACCCAAAGGUCAUUUGUUUGUGGGAGGCAAACAGUCAUCUUGUCAGUUCUGCGGGUGAGAUGGCGACAUGACUUGUAUGGCCAAUUUGCAGAGCCUGCAACUUCAUUACUAACACCUUCAUUUUUAUUUUAAAUAGAUUCAGAAUGUUGUCUUUAGCUAUACUGGGAUCUUUCCAAUUUUAACAUUUCCAACAGAAGCAAUAACUGACUGUGUGUUGUCAAUAUUCCUGCUAACUGGAACUGUGCAAUAUUCCUGUUAAUUGGAACCGUGCAGCCUUUGAAUAAGCAUCCCUGCCUCAGCUCACUGUCUGUCACUGGUGUGAUGCAUUGUAAGUUCUCAGAAUUCUGAAGUGAACAGUUAUACUGAAACCUCAGGGGUCAGACCUUCUUCUAAGUCAUGCCUCCUUGGGUCAUGGGAGUGAGGAAGAACAUACUUGCGUCAAGGGCUACCAUAUGCCAUGUACAACUUUACCGUGUACUUGUGCAGAUGCAUCUAUGUGAAACACACUUUAAAUCAAUGUCUGGUAAAACUGGGUGAGGUUACUGGCAUGGCAGAGUAGCUGUGUGCCCGGAUGGCCAUGCUCUGGAGGACGGCCAAGAGCUGAGUUUCAAAUUCCCAGGAAGUUAUUGGCCAUCUCCACAGGAGACAUAUCCGGCUUUUGGCUUAAGCAGAAGGGAUAGGGCAAGUUAUGAGCACUUUCUCACCUCACCUUUGGGUCUCUGCACCAGAGUUGGGUGGUUACCCAGAACUUUCGGUCUGAGCUAGUUCACCCCGAUGCAAGUUGCCUUUGGGCCCUGCAUAAGGGGAGUUGCAACAACACCUUUUGUAUUGCUGUAAAGGAAGCUGAGUUAGGCAUGGUGGAUCACACCUGCCCUGUCAGCAGCACUCAGGAGACUGAGGCAAGAAGAUUGCUGUGAGCUCUGGACCAACCUAGGAUAUCAUAGCCGUCUUGGGCUACAGAGUGAGACCCUGUGCUGAAAAACUUAAAAGUAAUUAGAGGGCUAGAGAUGGGUCAGCUGUUAAGAGCGCUGUCUACAUUCCUGACACCCAUGUGUUGGUUCACAACAUCUGUAAACUGCAGUCCCUGGGGAUGUGACACCCUCUUUGGCCCCCAUGAGCACCAGGCACAAACUCAGUGCACAGGCAUCCACACAGGUAAAACACCCACACAUUGAAACAAUAAAUAAGGAGUUGUACUGUUACCUCCCCAGAGCCUAUGACCUCUCUCCCGGGAAUGGCUUGCCCGGUAAUAGGUUGUUGUCCUGAUUAUGGAGAUCCAGUUGGAUAUGAAGAGUCUAACACACAGCUGUAUCUUAGGCAAGCAGUGGGUUGUUGUUGUUGUUAAAACUUUUAGGAACAUGGUGUCACUCAUUUUCUCCAUUGUGGAGAUUCUCUUCUGUACAUUUCUAAACUUGAAGAGGAAACCAAACCUGAUCAUCUGGUCAAAUGAACACAUCCAAAUUUAUGAAGUCUACCUCCAGCACAACCAAGCCUGAUACCUCAGACACAAGCAAAAAUGAGAGAAGGAAGACCAGGAGUCUCCAGAGGCUUUAUGGAAAGUACCUGCAUUGUUUUCUGUGUUUUCAAACAGAAAUAUAGUAUGCAACCAAAGCUGUGAAAGAAAUGGUCUCUUUGGUCACGUGGCCCAGUACCCUUUCCUUGGAUUUUAUUCUGAUUAGUCAGCUCAGACCCAUAUAUGAAGUUUGAAAAAUGCGAAAUUCUGCUACUUUUUUAUAUUAAUUCAGUCUUAUUAAAAGCAUUAAGCAUUUCAACAUAUUCAUAGACACAGCCAUUAAGAGGAUCUGAACAAGAGGGUACUUAUGUAAACAUGAAAUGCCCUGACAGAUCCUGGGGGCAUUCCUUCACCACUCACGCGGGCAGCUUCUGCUGGCACUACCAUGGCUCUGCAGUGAUCUCAGUGGGCUGACUCAUCGCCAGUUAACAGGCCACACGGCCAUUCUAGCACUUCUCGGUACACUAGCAUGUCUUCUUGGGAAAUAAAUUUGUUCUUAAACUUUCAAGUUUCAAGACUUCUAAAAUUAUUUUACCACCGGACAACAGAAUGUUAUUUUUGUUAGUUUAAGCUAACGGUAACCAUAUUGUUACCAUUUAAAUGAACAAAAUGGUUUAAGAUCAUCCUUAUAGGUAUUUAUCACUUGAUUGCUUUUGUGAGACAUUGAUUGAAAAAAAAAAGUGAACUUGGUGAACUUGGAGCCAGUGACUUCAGGCACGGAUGAAUUCACACAGUAAGACCUCACAGAAGCCGGCUCACCCUACACGAGCGGAGAGCUCCACUUUAGUCUGAGUUACCACUGUACUUGUUUUGGAGCUAAGAGAUAGCUGUGAACAGAACAUAGUCAAAAUUUUAAAUUUGUGGACACUUUAAUUUCACUUCUAAACAAGUAUUUAAUUUCCUCUGUCAAAAGAAAAACAUUCCGCUGUUUAAGCAUUGUUCCUAAGUAAAGAUCUUUGUUGAAUUUC